GUGUUGGCAGGCCAUGAAGGGCCAGUUGCAUGCAUUCAUUUUAGUCCUGUUACUGCUCUAUUAGCAACGGCUUCAUGGGAUAAAACAGUUAAAUUGUGGGAUGUGUUUGAAAAUAAAGGAUCUAGAGAAACACUUCACUUGUCAACUGAUGCACUUUGUGUAGCUUUUCGACCUGAUGGAAAAGAGUUGGCAGUAGGCAGCCUAGAUUCUCAGAUAACCUUUUGGGAUGUGGAAAGUGCCACUCAAACCGGAUCCAUAGAAGGAAAAUUUGACAUUGCUGCAGGUCGAUCAUCUUCUCAAUUAGUCACUGCCAAAAAAACUGCUUCUUCAAAAUCAUUCACAAGCUUGUGCUACUCAGCUGAUGGUAAGUGCCUACUUGCUGCAGGCAAAUCAAAGAAUGUCUGUAUUUAUAGUAUUGCAGAGCAGAUGUUACUUAAGAAGUUUGAAAUAUCCACCAACAUGUCUCUUGAUGGCAUGCAAGAAAUGUUAAAUCGACAUAAAAUGACAGAAUUUGGAGCAAUGGCAUUGAUUGACACUGCUAGUGAUGGAAGUGCAGGCCAGCAUCUUUGUUUACCAGGUGUUACAAAAGGGGACAUGAGUUCACGAUUCUUCACUCCAGAGGCUAAAGUGUCUUGUGUGCGCUUUUCACCAACAGGUCAGCAAUGGGCAGCAACAACAACGGAAGGCUUACUUGUUUACUCAUUGGAUAGUAGCUUAACCUUUGACCCAUUUGAAUUGUCUGUUAAUGUCACACCUGAUGCUGUUUUGAAGCAACUACAUG